ACUGCUGCUCCUGCUCCUACUCCAACCACUGCUCCUGCUACUACUACAACAAAUGCUCCUGCUCCUACUACAACCACUGCUUCUGCUCCUACUACAACCACUGCUCCUGCUCCUACAACCGCUGCUCCUGCCACUGCUCCUGCUCCUACAACCUCUGCUCCUGCUCCUACGACCGCUGUUCCUGCUCCUACGACCGCUGCUCCUACUACAACCACUGCUCCUGUUCCUACUACAACCACUGCUCCUGCUCCUACUACAACCAAUGCUCCUGCUCCUACUACAACCACUGCUCAUGCUCCUACUACAACCACUGUUCCUGCUCCUACUACAACCUCUGCUCCUGCUCCUACAACCACUGCUCCUGCUCCUACCGCUGCUCCUACUACAACCACUACUCCUGCUCCUACUACAACCACUGCUCCUGCUACUACUACAACCACUGCUCCUGCUCCUACUACAACCACUGCUCCUGCUCCUACUACAACAGCUGCUCCUACUACAACCGCUGCUCCUGCUCCUACUACAACCACUACUCCUGCUCCUACUACAACCACUGCUCCUGCUACUACUACAACCACUGCUCCUGCUCCUACUACAACCACUGCUCCUGCUCCUACAACCGCUGCUCCUGCCACUGCUCCUGCUCCUACAACCUCUGCUCCUGCUCCUACGACCGCUGUUCCUGCUCCUACGACCGCUGCUCCUACUACAACCACUGCUCCUGUUCCUACUACAACCACUGCUCCUGCUCCUACUACAACCAAUGCUCCUGCUCCUACUACAACCACUGCUCAUGCUCCUACUACAACCACUGUUCCUGCUCCUACUACAACCUCUGCUCCUGCUCCUACAACCACUGCUCCUGCUCCUACCGCUGCUCCUACUACAACCACUACUCCUGCUCCUCGCUGCUCCUGCUCCUACAAGCGCUGCUCCUUCUCCGACAACCGCUGCUCCUGCUCCUACAACCGCUGCUCCUGCUCCUACAACCGCUGCUCCUGCUCCUACAACCGCUGCUCCUGCUCCUACAACCUCUGA